UAAAAUAAAAUAAAAUAACCGGCACCUUUCAUUCUUUUUCUAGCAUCUUUUUGUACUUUCAUGGCAGCUACAAAAAUGAAAAACGCCUCCAUCCAUCUCACUAGUAUAUUUGGAACACUAGUCUUAACCGUUGAUUUAAAAGAGGUGGUGUGAUCAAGCGGUGUGGAAGUGAGGUGGAGGUGCACGUGAGAAUGAGAAGGGGUUUUUGAAGCAUGAAAAAAUGGUGGACCCAUCCGAGAAAACCUCACUUGAAGUGACUUAGUUCGCAACUCCUGAGUUCCCUCGCUUUCUCUGUCUGUCUGUCUCUCUCAGAAAACAGGUGAAAACAUAGGCAGAGAAAGGGGAUGAGAAAAUAGUAGCAGUAGAAACUAGAAAAGGAGAUCAACACCGUUGCAAACCAAUCUCAACUACAGAGAAAAAACAAUAAAAACUCAUCAUCUCUUGCUUUCUGUUUCCUUAUAUAAUAAAAAAACCACCCUCAUUUACACAAUAAUUUUUAAACAGUUUACCUUUUUCCACUUUGUUUUGGGUUUUUUGAGAGUGGGUUUUUCGUGAUGGAUUCACCAGCUGUGAUGAGCGAUGGGGGGGACAAUCUGGCGGAGAUCUGGCACUAUCAAAUGAGUGAAUCUGGGAUAAGGAGGGGUCAAUUUGGACCUGGGUUGGGCCAGUUCGGGGACCCGAAUCGAGAGGUGUCGGGUAAUGAUCCGGUAAGCUUGGAGCGGCAACAGCAGCAGGGAGGGGGUGGUGUGAGAAGAAGGCGUGAUGGUGAAGAUGACGCAGCUAAGGUUGUCUCCACUAGUAGUGGAAAUGGCGUGAAUGAUGGUGAUCGGAAGAGACUUAAAGCAUCAGGAGAUGGAGAUGGGAAUCGUGAUUCUAUAGCUGAAGCAGAACCCCGUUCAGGCAAGCCUGUGGAACAAAAAGCUCAACAACCAGAGCCACCUAAACAAGAUUACAUCCAUGUGCGAGCAAGAAGGGGUCAAGCUACUGAUAGUCACAGUUUAGCAGAAAGGGCUAGGAGAGAAAAGAUUAGUGAAAGAAUGAAAAUUCUUCAGGAUCUGGUCCCUGGUUGCAAUAAGGUUAUUGGCAAAGCACUUGUCCUUGAUGAGAUAAUUAAUUACAUUCAAUCACUACAGCAUCAGGUUGAGUUCCUUUCGAUGAAGCUUGAAGCAGUCAAUUCAAGAAUGAACCAUGGCAUUGAAGUAUUUCCCCCUAAAGAUUAUGGCCAACAAACAUUUGAUGCUACUGGAAUGGCAUUUGGUUCACAAGCGACAAGGGAAUACAACCAAGGUACAUCACCAGAGUGGUUGCAUAUCGGUGGUGCUUUUGAAAGAACAACAUAAUCUAGAGCUUUUGAAAGAACAACAUAAUCUAGAAAAGCCAUUACCAAUUACUAAUAAGAGCAUUAAUUUGCAAUGCUUCCUUCAGUUGUUGCCAAAGAAGUAUACUGCAUCAUGUUAAACCAAAGAUUAUAUUUCCAUUAUCAACAAGAUGCAUGGAACCGCAAUUGCUGUCCAAAGAAUGCUAAAGUUAGUGUCUGAACAUCUUCAUUGUUGUGUUCGGUGAAUGUGUUCUUUUACUCUGUACUGAUGCCUGAACAGAAUCUCCUAUACUUGAUUGUUGUUCUUGUACAAGUAAGUUGCUUUGUUCAGAAUUACUGAUGCUUACAUGUUGAGUCAACUUUGUUUUGUUAAAAAGCUGAAAUUGUGAUCAAUAAAUAAACCCAGUUUAGUGUUAUCAGAGCUAACACCAGUUACAUCCUUCCCAACAAAGUACAAG